CCUGUACGUCGACUGCAACGCGAUCGACGGCAAGAAAAUAUUCUGAAAUGGCGACGGAUUGAGGCAGAAGUGAUUACUUGAUUAUUUUUCUCUCGGGCCUUUCGAUUAUUGUGACGGAUUUCGCGUUCCAAGAGAACGAUAUCCGUGUAUGAUUGUGUGCUAAAUCGAUCAGCAAAUUUUUAUUAAAUUUUACUCAAGCUUGAAAAAGACCGAAACUUCCGGGUGUGAAGUUUUGUGCGCGUCGUACAGAUGGACCGUAAUAUGUCCAGCGUCGGUCGCCUAACCAGACGGAGUCCGUCACCAUCCCGUGGCGGACCCAAGUUACGCAUGGACCGUAAGCCCAACCAUGUCCGGAUUAAUGAUCCCAGCCAUCCGGCCGGUAAGCGUAAGGAGAUCGACAACGUUAUGCGGAAGGCUCGUGCCUUUCCUAACGAAACCUGGGACAAAAAACUGCUCGAGGUCGAAGAGAAAGAUCCAAACCGUUGGCGCCAUACCGGAUUCAAGAAAAUGUACAUCGAAGAUGAUCCUAGCAGCUCGGACAGUGAACGUGCAGUGGGCCGUUACGGGAACGGCCCACCACCCUCACGACGCAGCCGUAGCCGAUCACCGAGAUCGCCUCCGCCUCGGCAUCGCCGCAGUCCAUCCCCUCCGGUGCGAAAACGUCGUCUGAUUCCGGUAUCUCCGUCACCACCGCCGAUGAUGCGGCGGCGACCUGUAUCACUUACGCCACCACCACCGCCACCUCCACCGGAACCGGUUAUGAAACGAAGACCCCGUUCGCCACCACCCCGGAUGAUGCGUCGCCUAUCGCCACUGGAGUUUCACCGCAAGUCGCCGAUCUCAGUGCCUGUUUCGCCCCGUCGUGCUCCCACCCGACGCAUGUCUCCGGGUCCGCCGGUACGGCAGAGAGUUAAACGACCACCGUCGCCACCACCCAAGAUGAGCCAAUCUCCGUCAAUGUCCAGCUGCUCGGAUGAAUCUUGUUCUGCAUGCUCCGCCGAUGACCGCCAUCGCCGUCCUGUUCGCCGUUCUCGUUCGAUAUCCGGUCCGCGUUCGCGUCAUCGCGGUGCCACGCCGCCUAUGGCACAUGUUCCGAAAAGCCGCCGCGAAGUUCCGGGACUUCGUCCGAUGAGUCCGCCGCCGACGGAUCCGCGCCGUAAGGAACCGAUGCCGAAGGUUCAUCGCAUCGAUAAGGAUCCUCGAGAUCGUCCAUCGCGGCCCAUUCCUCCGCCACCGCCCGUCGAACGGAUCCGGCAUCCGCAAACGCCCGACUCGGAGAAAGCUCCGUCACCGAAACCGAUGCGAGUCUCGAAGCACAAGCCCAUCCAGGAGAACUUUCGCCCGGUUAAGAUGCGUCAGCCGAAACCAUCGUCAAUGGAAAUGGUAUCGUCUACUUCCAGUAAGAAGCACAAGCAAAAAAAUGUAGUGAAGGUUCGAACACGUGUUAAGGUCGAAGGAGAGCCGAAACAGCGUCGUCCGCGUUCGCCAUCAUCCGGUUCCGAGGAAUCAUCUAGUAGUGAAAGUUCGUUACCACGGUUUACUGCCACCACACGACUAUCGCUUUCGGAACGCUUCGGUAAAAUGGCUCAGUGGAGCGUCGAUCGAAGCAAUAUGGAAAAUAUGCGAAUUACGAAAAACAGCUCCGGUGGCGAUUUGAAGGUAAUGAUCGAGGAAGAGUUGGAAGCACCGCCACCGGUUCGAUAUACUUACUCGCCGGCUCCGGCUGGGCACUUCCCGGAGGAGCUGAUGACCACCGGGCCGACGGGUCUUUCCUCAUGGGAUGAUGUUCGGGUGCGGUACGAGUAUUACAAGGGUCGUGGCUAUCUUAGAGAUUUGGAUCUGCAGGACUACAUCAAAUGGGAGGAGUGGUGGUACAAGUACCAGGAAUGGUUAAAACAGGAACGCUACUAUGAACUGUGGGAACGGUCACAGAUGAAUCGUCGCCGCAAGAAAGUACCGAUCUCGCAGCGGCUUAAUUGAGCGUUUUAAUCCGUCACCGUGGCCGAUUCUCUAACAUUUGAAUUUAAUGUAACGGCACAAGUCCGCCCUGGAAAUGCAUCUUUCGAGGGCGAGCUUUCAUAUUUUAGAGUAAAAAUAAACACCCCCCCCCCUUAUUUAUGUAUAAAUGUUCUCAAUGUGCAUUAUGGAGGCAAUAGAAGGAACAGCUGUAAGAGGAUCGCUAGAUGCACCGCGCAGAAGAUCUAAAAUAGAAACAGAAACGACCUGUUGUAGUAGCCUUUAGUAUUAAUACAGUUUAUUAAAGUGUAUUUUAUUUUUUAUUUCUAGGACUCCACAAAAUAUCUGUAAAGAAUCAGUAAAUAAACAGGAUUACUGAAUCA